AUGGCAACCCAAGUAAAAGGGACGUUCUUGUUGGGAGACGCUGAAACUGAAAUAGGUAAAAUAUAUGUUGCCCUGUAUUCAUACAACUCAAGAUCAGAUGAUGACCUCGCAUUCAAAAAAGGCGACAAAUUACUGAUCAAAGAUACAAGUGAUGGUGAUUGGUGGAUGGCUCGUCAUAUUAAUGAUAAUAGAGAAGGAUAUGUGCCAAAUAAUUACAUAGCGGAAGAGAACAGUAUUGAAUCACAAGACUGGUACUUCGGCAACAUUGCGCGUAAAGAUGCAGAGAAAAAGUUACAAAUGGAGACCCACGUGAGAGGAAUUUUUUUGAUCCGAGACGAUGAGAGAGAGAAAGGCACGUACUUUGUGUGUAUAUUGGAUUAUGAUGCUACCAAAGGUUACACUGUCAAACAUUACAAAAUUAGAAGUAUGGAUGCCGGUGGUUUCUUUAUUGCACAGCAUACUGUGUUCCCCACUCUGGACGAGUUAGUGAAACACUAUAAAAGUAGCGCAGACGGUUUAUGCUGCAAACUGACGGUGGCGUGUUCCAAGGAGAAUCCUAACACACCAGGACUUGGCCACGAUAAAUGGGAAAUACCGCGAGAAUCACUCACACUCAUCAACAUAUUAGGUUCGGGAACAUUUGCCGACGUCUGGAAAGGACUGUGGAACCAAACUACAAAAGUUGCUGUGAAACAAAUAAAACCUGGUGCCAUCUCGCCGGAAGUCUUCUUGGGUGAAGCCAACGCCAUGAAAAAACUGCGCCACAAUAAUCUUGUGUCCUUACUGGCUGUUUGCUCAGACAUGGAGCCGAUUUACAUAGUAACAGAAAUGAUGGCAAAAGGCAGUCUGUUGGACUAUCUGAGAGAGGGCGAAGGUCGCCAUAGUAAGCUUCCUGACAUGAUUGACAUGGCAACGCAGAUUGCAAGUGGGAUGGUCUAUUUGGAGAAAGAAAAUUUCAUACACAGAGAUUUGGCAGCGAGAAAUAUCUUAGUUGGCGAAAAGAACGAAUAUAAAGUUGCUGAUUAUGGAUUAUCAGGAAUCGCCGAGGAUGAAUAUGUCGCAAGAAAAGGAACAACGUUUAUCAUCAAGUGGACAGCACCCGAAGCUGCACUGUGCAGCAAAUUUACAAUUAAAUCUGAUGUUUGGAGUUUUGGAAUUCUUUUGACUGAAAUCGUCACAAAAGGCAGAAUGCCUUAUGCAGGUAUGAAUGGCAGAGAAGUGUUAGAACAAGUUGAACGUGGAUAUCGUAUGCCAAAACCAAGGCACUGCCAGGAUAGCUUAUAUGAUGACGUAAUGCUGAAAUGCUGGGCCCACGAACCACAAGAUCGACCAACAUUCUAUUUUCUUCACGCCUUUUUAGACGACUAUUUCAUUAGUCAUAAAGUUUGUCAUCAGCUUUAA